UUUACUCUUCUUCUCCAGUUCGAAAUCGUAAGGUAGUCGCAUCCCAACCCCACUGGCUUUUACUCCACCAUCAAACACAGAAGAAACGACGACGUUUCUAGACUCUCCCAGCUUUUCCCUCCGUCUGUGUCUACCUCCGAUUUCGCUUCGCAUACUCCUCUGAGUAAUUGAAAUGGCAGGCCACAAGGUUGCUCAUGCCACACUGAAAGGACCAAGCGUUGUGAAGGAGUUAUGCAUUGGCAUGGUACUUGCCUUGGCUGCUGGUAGCCUCUGGAAAAUGCAUCACUGGAACGAGCAGCGAAAGGUCAGAGCCUUUUAUGACAUGCUGGAUAAAGGUGAGAUCAGUGUUGUGGCCGAAGAAGAAUAAGCUCCUUCUUAUUUGUCAUAUCAUCCUAAUGUCAAUCAUUUUUUUUUGUGCUCUUCCCAUUUGGGUCGUGUCGAACCUAAAUAUGAGCUUUGCUUAGUUUGAUAUUUUUGAAAUAAUAAAUUUUUUGAACUGAGUUGUCGAUUAAAGUAUAGAAAUUGAUAAUUUUCACAUCUUCAAAUGCA